AUGUCAUGGUUUCGAUCCGUUUUCUCAUAUGAAAUGCUAAACAUACUAUCAAGUCAAAAGCGGUGGAUUUCGAGCAAGAAUUCAAUUGAAGGAAAACUCAAGUGGAAAAUAUUGGAGAAUGAAAAGCUCAAGGAAAAGGAAAAGCCUAUGUGGGAGAAGCGACAAGAGAGUUUGAAGAAGCGUUACGGUGUAUGGAACCCAACUAGAAGGCUUUCACGACAACAAAUACAGGAUGUCCGAGACUUGAAAGAUCAGAUGCCUCAUAUGAAGACGAUCGAUUUGGCUAAUUUAUUCAGAAUAUCACCAGAGGCUAUUAGACGGGUUUUAAAGUCGAAGUGGGUUCCGAGUGACAAAAAUGAAGAAGAUAUUAUUAGACGGGGACAGCGAAGAAAGCUCCAAAAUAAAUCUAGAAAGCUUGAAGCCAGUGCUGACAAUUCAAGUGCUAGGGCCAGUAGAUAUACUGAUAAACUGAAGUACGAAUCAAAAAGUAAGCGCCACGAAUCGGAUAAAACCCGGAAGGGAAAGAACUCAGCCGCCUUGAAAGAGAAGCCAUACGUAAACAGUAUAGGAGAUAUAUUGGACUGA